AUGCUAAGUUCUCUCAUCUUGGAUAAGCAUUCAGCGCCUGGCAGACGAAACCUGAGAAUAAUUGCAACAAAACUUGUGUCAAUGUAUCCUUCAACAUUUCAGGAUUUGUUAGAGGGUACAGUUGUUGGCACAGGAGUUGAGACGUUAAUGUGGAAGCUCGAAAACGGCAUCAACAGCAAGAAGAGACCAAUUGCGCACGCGCUGCCUGCAGAAAUUUAUGACCCAUACUCAUUCCAGCCACGUCCACGAUCUAGACGUGACUCCUACGGUUGCCUAGCAUGGCAACCAGAGCUUCCAAGUGGAGAAAAUAUGUUGACACAACGGGAAAAGCAGCAGCAGCUCCUUUGUGAGCAUGCUAAAAUGUACCCCAACAAGCAACUUGUCUGUCGUUUGAUGAUAGAGACGUAUGCAUCUCAAAGACUGACCAUUAAUCACUCAAGGAGUGUGACAGAGGUGAAAAAAAACUGGCCAUUUUUGUUUACUGAGGACUGUCUUCUUGAGCAUUCCAAGAAGCUACUCGGUAGUGAGGUUUGCCAAAGGCUUGAUGCUAGCAUGGAAAUUGUUGGGCUUCGUGUAUAUCGCUAUGCUUACAGUCAGAUAAAAGGGCCAAAGGUGAAGAAAUGUCUCGAAGAAUAUGAACAAGCAAAGAACCGCCUGAAGAGUGUGACACCAGAGCAUGAAGGUGCACUUGUUCUCCUCCUUGCCCUGCUUGACGAGGAUGAAGAGCUCAUCUACAAGACCGUUGAGGCAAGCUUAAAAUUUUCCCUUCCUCUCCCAUCUGGACCGGGUCUUUUUGAGGCAGAAAUGUUCACUGUCUGUGUGGAUGGUGUUGCUCUAUUGACUACUCAGCGGGCUGCAGCUUUCAAAGUCAUGUUUCUCUUAUACUUUGUCCUUAACAUCGAGUAUCCACCUGAAGUGGCUUUGACAUUGGAGUUUGUGCAGAGGUGA